AUGAAGUUGGGCGUUUGGGUGUUGUUGGCUUUGGUGGGCGGAGUGAGUGUGCCGGUAGAACAGCGUGUGCGGGAUGGAAGUCCAGACGGCAUUGAACAAGAAUGGCUUGUGCCGGAGGGACAGCGCCAAGUGCGUGGCAUACCCAGGGAUGUGUCUGCAUUGGCGUUGAUCAGAAGUUGUGACCAAAAAGUGCAAGUUAGCGGGCCCUGGCUUGUCGACCAUACUUUUAAUACCAAUGGCGACAAAUUUUGCGUCGACAUUGUCGCUGGUGAUGUAGGGGUGAACGACACGCUGAUAAUAAGUUACGGUGGAAACUACGUUCGCGACAAGAAGCUAACCAAAAGCUGGAAUGAUAUUCCCAGUAACGAGUUCGUUUGCAACAUAUGUUCUGAUAUCGUACUGUUUCCCUUAGCAGGCCGUAACACCACAGCUGCGCAAGUUGUAAAUAACAAAUUGAAGGCCAUUGACCCUGGUUUUGCUGUGCUUUCGAACGGGACUGUUCCGAACGCUGCUGACGUUCUCAAGACUGCCGAGCGAAAUAAGCAAGUCUCCUUUACGUCUAGCGCAUAUAUUGCCGCCAAGAGAGAGGAACGCCAAGACUCCGACGAGGGAACAAGACUCCGACCAGGACUCCGACCAGGGCUCAUCGAUGAGGAAACACUUCGGAAAAUGAUGGAUAGUUGCAAGGACAUCCAGUUUAGUAGCCGAUCAUUCGUUCCAGCUAAAUUUACCUCAGUCGACACCGAGUACUAUCUGCCGUUUUGGACGACCAAGGUUCGGGUUACUGAGGAUUAUGCUGUUCGUAACAUGGGUGCCAAGGUUGUAGGGCACUACGAUGUGAACACACUGGUCAACUUGUACCACCGAACAAUCGGCACCUACAGAGCCUCGUCGAGUCCUUCAAUCACCAUGCACGGAAUCAUAAUGAGUUUCUUGGCCGAAUUUCCUCCUUCCACGAGCCACCAUGAGUUCUAUGAUCGAAUUGGUAACAUAACAACCACUGAGGUGCUGUCCAAUGACAGAUCAGGCCAGCUUCUGGCCCUAUAUCCGAGACAUCCGAUUUUGGGGCAAUGGAACGGGGCGUUUACUCUCAGAUAUCAUACGCCUCAGCAGAACAUUGCUUUGUACCACUCGGACGGAGCCGUCGCUAUAAUACCUGGAAGAGUGAGUAUUGGAGGAUAUUGGAUAGGUACCAGGAACGUACGAGUUAUACUACCGCCGUUUAGCACGAUAACCGAGAUGCAAUUCCUUAAAAAUCCAAUCUCCCAAAAAGUCUAUAGAGAGAGACAGUGGCUGGACGUUUUCCCAUCUAGAACCGUUGUUGAGCUUCAAUUUGAAGAUAUCCCGAAUUAUCGAGUCAUGAAAGACGGAAUUGCCCUUAUAAGGUAA